AUGGAGGUUCUGGUUGCCCCGAGCUCGAGGGGAGGAGGAGGGAGGGGGGAUCCCUCGUGUUCGAGGGCCGCGAUAGGACGGGGGGCGCCGGCGGCGUGGGGUGGAGUUCGGCUGCUCCAAGUCGCAGGGGUCGGCCGGCUGGGGUGGAUUCACCCCAUCUUUCUGCGCCCCAAGCCCGUGAUCUCGCCGACCUUGCGCUCCUUUCGUUCCUGCUACGCCGCCUCUCGCUCCCCUUCUCUGGGUACCGACACGACGGAGGUGAUCUCUCUGUCUGCUCUGUCUCUCUCUGUCUCUGUCUCUGUCUCUCUCUCCCCCUCCUUCCUCGAACUUACAGCUCGGACGUUCCCUCUGUCUCCAUCGAUUUUCGGUUCUGUGGCUGUACUUUAUGAGGAUUUGUGCCUGUCUACGCUGCGUCUUCUAGUUCCCCAUUGCCCUUCUCAGCCACUUCGCCCCUCUCCCCUCCCCCACCACGCGUGCCGCUCCCGACUGUGAUCGUCUAGUUUUCUCGGUAGUAGGCCUUUCGUUUUCUUCGGCGGCCAUCUGAUAUGUCCUAUGCUCACAACCUCGUCCGGCAUUGUCCAUGACAUCCCACCCCUUCCCAGUACGAUAGUUUUUUCCUUGAUCAUUUCCCCCGUGAUCUUCUCAUCCGCGUGGUAGUCUCCACUUUCGGUUCUCCUCCCUUUUAGGUCAGAUACUCAUAGCAAUAAAAAGCUUAAAUAGGUACAUGAUCCAGACCUAAUGAUCCAAGUUCGCGUGCUACAUGCCAUACUGUCAUCUAGGGUACACGAAUCCAGUUCUCGGGUCUCUUUAGUUGAAGUAAGAUCUUUGGAGAGAGCCCCCAAGUUUGUAAAUAUGUCGAUGUACGACCCCACGAAUAACUAAUCAUCUAAAAGACCAAGUACAUUCUUUCUUCAGAUUCUAUUUGGUAUCCAAGGUUGUAAGUAUUGCCUUUAAAAAACUGCAUCCCAAUCGCUAUUUCCUGUUCUCAUUGCCCUCGAAUAAUUAUUGGUUAACUGACUAGUUUACGAUUUGGAUGCCUUCUUAGUCCUAAAAGCAAUGACUCGUGGGACUAUACUUUAUAGAGUAUUACUAUUCAAAUUUCAAUGGGAUUAUCAGGCCCAGAUAGAUUACAGAACCAGUGGAAGGUCAUCUAGGAUUAGUCAGUUUGUUAAGACCUCCGGAGUUGAAGAAUAAAACACCCAUUUUUCCCUUCAUAGUUCUUGCUCUUCCUCGAGUCACUAAAAUCGGAGAAAAGGAGCCCGAAUGUGGGGCCAUUUUAUAACCUCCCGAGAUUCAAUUCUGUCAGACAUUCUCUAGCCUUGCGAUGUUAGAAAAUAACCAGGUUUGUUAGGAUGCCAUCACUUCAGGCAGAGGCAAGCUCAGAUCAAGCUGAAGCGGCAAGUGACCCAUUGAAUGGUGCCAGGGGCUCUGAAAGCACUGCAAUUGGAUCCCAAGUAGCAAGUGAACAGCUGAAGGAGGACACGGAGGAAGACCACGCCGAAGUUCAAACUCAAACAGAAGUUGGAUCACAGGAGGCAGGUGCAGGUGCUAAUUAGCUCCCUCUUAACAACCAGAUACGCUUGUUUUUUUUAUUGAUUUUUAUUAAUUUAUAUUCUACAAAAAUCUGAUCGAUGGUCCCCCAGAUGAUUUGGUCACUGCAGUCCAUGUGAAGUUCAGGCUACGGCAGUCAUGUGAAUUUGGCGAGCAGUUCCUUCUUGUGGGUGAAGAUACUAAGCUCGGCUCUUGGAAGCCGGGCAGUGCAAUGCCAAUGGAGUGGUCGGACGGCGAUGUCUGGACGGUGGAAAUGGUGAGACCCGAUUCUCCGCUCUGAGAGUAGGUGGAUGGCCGCGUGGCAGUUGAAUUGGAGGUGCGCCACGAAUAAAUUGAGUCCCUGUUCUUCUGUGCUAGGAUUUGCCGGUGGGGAAAGAGAUCAAGUUCAAGUUUAUACUUCGAGAACUUUCAGGAGGCAUCAAAUGGCAGCCUGGGCCUGAUCGAGUCCUGCAGACAUGGGAUACAAUAAACACGAUCGUCGUCACACAUGACUGGGAGAACGCAGAGGAUCAGAUUAUUUCUGAGGAACGAUUGGCAUCUCUGGCCACCACCCAAGGAGAGGAGGAAGCCUCUGAAGAAACCACGACAGCAACUGACGGAGAGGAUACUGAGAAGCAAGUGGUCACAUCUGGCUCGGAAAUUGCCGAGGAGAAAACAGUCGGCCCCGCAGGAGACCGAGUUUUAGUGCCUGGGUUGAUGACAACGGGAGAGAUCGACGACGGGAUAGCAGAGGUAAAUAUAAUGCCAUGAAAACUUGUUCUACCCUUUCUUAUUUUCCUAGACUCCUCAAAAGUCAUCCGCAACCCCUCAAAAGUCGCAUAGGUGGUGCCCCCUCCCUCUUAACAAACAUGAAUGCGCUCUGCAUGCUGCCUAAUCGGAUCCUUCGCAUCCAUCUGCAUCGGGAAGGUAGAUGAGCCUAAGGUGGGCUGACAAUUCUGAGUUCAGAAGCCCACAAAGAAGACGAACUCCCAGAACGUCUGGAGCCUCGGCCUGAUGACUUGGCAAUAUUAGUUCUCAUGCCGCCAGGAUGACUCAUUGAAAAUAACAACAGCCGGUGAACCCAGCUUAAAGUUUGCCUUGUUUUCUCACAGGCUGCCACGCGCCCCGGCCAGGAUGCGCUCAUACUCGAGGGAAGAAGGCAGCAGGAGGCCUCCGAGGCCACCGCCCUCGAGGCCGCCUCCGAGGCACCAGUCGAGGACGAGCACGAGGAGGCUGUAUCCCGCGAUGGACGGCAGCUCGGAGAGACAGAUCCCCAAAGGGCCACUGGGAGCGCUACAGAAGAAGAGAAGGAGCCUGCAUCGGCGGGCGGCAUCCUCGAGAACGACAUCCAAUGGGGCAGAGAAACCCUUCAGAAGUUCCUCUCAAAUAUGGGGUUUUAUCAACGAGGAUCCACCUGA